GUUUUAGUUCUGCAAAUUAUAAAUACGAGUUGGGUUUUCUUUUUACUUGACUUUUUCAAAAAACAAUAAAGCGUAACAUUCCUGAAUUUGGUGAUAUUACGCCGUAUCUUGUUUCCCUGCAUAAUGAACAAUGUUAUCUUCGUAUCAAAGAGGUUAUUUUCUCUCAUUAUGAAGCUUGAUAUCACACCAAUUCUCGUUCUUUUUUGAAGGGCUUUGCUUUGAACAGCUAUAGCAAAUACUUAUUCCUUCUAAGUUUCCCAUCGUUUUUGUUGCUUGACCGUUUUCUUGUAAUCAUGUAGUUUCGACUGUUCAAUUUCCUCCUCAUUGCGGCAGCGGCCGCUUCAUCCACUUUUGUACUCACAGCUUUACGAGAAUCACCUUAGAUAUCCGAGGGCGCUUGAUGUGCGUUGAUGCUGGGCGCGUCGUCUCUAGACCCGUCGUCGUCAACGUCUCCGUGGCAUUCUGCACCUACUGCUGUCGGACAUCCAUCUUCUAGUUCACGACCAUCCAAGUCGGUACCAUCCCCUGCGAAGACGGAAACGGACACUGCUACUUCAACCUCGCAUGACGUCAAAGAGGAAUAUUCUCACAUAGAACCAGUGGCGUCAACGAGUAGUGGCAAGAGUGGCUUUUCUGAAGAAGGAACAUCUAGUGACGCAGAUGCAAGCCGGCGGCAGGGCAGCAUGACCUCUUCGUCAAUACCGUCUGUCCACUGUCGUCGGCUUACUUUCCGUUUACCUCCGAAGUUCGCGCAGCGUUUGAAGCGCAUCGCCAACAAGCAGCCGAGCACCCUGGGACGGUUGGGCGUAGCAAAGGUCAAAGUUGGAGAUGACGAGACGGUUUCCGUCAAUGACGUACCGCCUGUGCAGCCUAUGAAGUUGGAGGAGAGGCGGCCGGAGCAACUCAUCGAACGAGUAGAAUCUCGGCAAUCUGUACCUCCUCCACCUCAACCACUCCAUCCUCCACCAGGAAGUGCAGGUCCGGUGUGUCAGCCACCACCUGGAUACCACGCCGUCACGCAGCAUCAACAGGAAGUUGGCCCUUCUGUUGCUCCACACCCAAUGCAGAGACCUGCUGCAAUCAACAACAACAGUCCAUUGCUGGUCAACUUGUUAAGUUCCCAGCAACCAGCGGGUAUGGUCGGUGGCCCACCGCCCAGUGUCGCGCCUCAUCAUCAGGCUUACUCUCCAGCUGGGACAUAUAUGUACCCUGGAGGAGCUCCACCCCAUCAGCAUCCUCAUCCUUCCGCUGUUCCCGCGAACGCUGCUCCGCCCGUUAUGGAUCCGCAACAGCAUUUGGCAAUGCAGCAACAGCUGCAAAUGGAGCAACGACAGAGAAUGUUGAUGCAGCAGCAGCAGGUCCAUGCUGCUGCUGUCGCAGCUGCUCAGGCUCAACAACACCAAAUGCCCGGUCAGCCUGCACAAGCUCCACUAACGCCGGGUGGAUUUUACAGCCCCGCAACUCCUGUACAACAAGCGCAAGCGCAGCCGCGGCCUCCAAUGGGUUACGCCCCUCCACCACAAAAUCCACCCAUGUUCGCUGCUCAACAGCAGCCGCAGCAGAUACCUCCUGCCGUUCAACAACAGCGAAUGCAGGCCUACCCUGCGCAAAUGAAGCAAAUGGGAAUGGCUGCUGCUCCUCAAGUGAAUCCCGGUCAAUUCCGAGGGCCUCCCGUUGAAGAGGCUGUUCAACCUCCUCCACCCAAGAAGAAAAGGAAACCUACGAAAAAGCAGCAGCAGAAGGAAGCAGAAUUGGCCGCUGCUGCAGCAGCUCAGCAACAACAAAAUGCCGCUGCAGCUGCCCAAGCACAGCAACAGCAACAACAGUUUUACAACGACCGCAUGAUGCACCCCGCCGCUAUGACGCCUAAUAUGCAGAUAAUGGGUCACUCCGGUUACCCUCCUGGUGCUGCCUAUCCACCCACGCAACCAGGUAUGCCUGCCGUGCCACCCCAGUACCCGGGAUAUCCUCAAGGGCCUACCCAGCAGCAGCAACUGCAGCAGCAUCAGCAACAAGCCUUGUGGCAUCAGCAGAUGCAGCAGCGGAUGAUGUAUCAGCAGCAGCAUGGGCAGGUAGUGGGAGGACCUCCUGCACAGCCGUGGCCAGGUCAGCGAGGUCCUCCUGUGCCUUAUCCAACUCCGAUUGAUGGUGUGCAGUGUGGUCCGGCAUCGGUACAUCCUACGGUCUCGCAAAGAACUUCAGGAUCUGGGGAAUAUUCUCGCGACGGCACAUCUCCUGCAACGCCCCAUCAGUUCAAUCCUGGCAGUCAUCAAGGAAUGAUGAUGGGACACGCUGGUACGCCCAUGUCGCGAGCGGAUUCGCAAGGGAGUAUGUUUGGCAAUACCUCGUAUUCGCAGCAGCCGCCCAGUGCGCAACAAUCCGUUGAAAGCGAACACCCAGUGGACAAAUUGUUCAGUGGACAGGACGAUCAGCUAGGUGAUCUUGGUGAUCUCGAUGAUAUAGAACCAAUGUUGGACCUUGGUGGUGGGGUGUUAGAUGAUCUUACCGCAAAUGCGCAAGCCGAGGCGCUCAGAAGCAUAGGCGCUCAAGAUAGUUCACAAACUGUGGAUAAUUCAUCAACAGCUGCGGCAUCUAACGGAGAUCGGAUAGAUUCAUCAAUCGCGUCCGUCGUUGAGAUGGUGUCGAAAAGCGGUGGCGCUCCACCUAUAUGCGGUGCGCCAGCAGUUUCUCAGACAGCUACUCAUCCCUCGGCAGCAAGCAAUGCGGCAGCCAUGAAACGCAGACCGAGUAACGCUCAAAUGGCUGCGAACAUCGUCGCCGUAGCUGGCCAACAGCAGCAGUUGAUUGGUGAUCAGCGGUAUGUGAUGGCACCUCAUCACAUGGUGAAUUCCGGUCAGAUGCCGAUGCAGAUGCAGAUGAUGCAACCUAUGGCUGGCUCCCCAUCAGCAGGUAACUUAUCGCUAGAACAUAACGCUCGAGCGCAGUUGUUCCAUGGUCGAGGCGGGAUGGCCAAAUCCAGUGAAAACGGACCUGGCAGACUGGUAAAUGGGCACGAUCAGACCGGAGUCCCAAACGGCGCACGGCGCUCUCAACCCCAACAACAACAGAGUGACGCCGCAGAGGAAGAACGAAUAGCAGAGCUUGUCAAAAAGGUUGUGGCACAAGGUGAGAGCCAGAAGGCAGCAGCCGCUGAACAAAAAGCAAAAUUACCUCGGAAAAAUCGGCGUAAAACUGAUCUUAGCAAGGAAGCCAGUCCGCGGGACGAUGAGGAACCUUUUAUUGUAGAUGGCACACGUAGGCGGCCUCCUGGAGUGGCAACUAGCCAUGUACAAGCGGCGGCGUCAAACUUCCAAGCGACCAUGGCUCGACAACAACAACUAAUGAAACAACAACAAGUUCAGCCGAAGCAAUGAUCUGGUUGCUCGUCGCUUUCAAUCCUGCUCUACUAUUCGGUCUCUACGCCGCCAUCUGCCCCUCGUAUCCUCAUCACGGCCGGUCCGUUGCUGCUCAAUCAUCAUGUGCUCCGACUUUGCUCCUCCUCACCUAGGGUGCGGAUGUAUUAAGUAAUUGUCCUGUAAGUUGUUGAUAAGGUGCUAUUUGUUUUAUUCAUUGCGGCUCUCGCGAUAUAAGGGUCUACUAGUCACAGUUCACUCCAUUCGUCUUCGUCGUUCGUUUGAUGUGUGCAUGUUACUCAUCUUGUUUUAUCGGUUCCUCACAUUUUCCUCUAUUCUUUUCUUUUUGUACUCAUUUUCCUACUGCAGAUCAUGUCCUAGACUAAACAUCCCGACAUUUCUAUAGGUUUGAAUUUACAUUUUAUCUACUAAUAUAUUAGGUGCAUCGUCCACAAUAGCGCACACUGUUUCCCGCGUUCUUCCCGACUUUUCUGUCUUAGCUGUCCACAGCCGGAUCAUUCAUUAGUGAGCGUUUUGACUCGUUGCACGCCCAAGGCUUGCUUGGGAAUGCGCGCAGAGGUAGUAAUUUAUUUGUGUGCCGAGUUGAGUAGGUGGUGUUCCGAUCUCUUCUACAAAUUUUCUCACCCAAGUCCAUGCCCGAAGUUGUCAGCUUCCUACAUGGUCGAAACUUCAUUUGCCUAUCCAAUUCGCGUUCUUCGUUUGUGAAUAUUGAUGAGUCUCGCAAUUCUAUAGUUUACACUAAAUCGUUAAGGCUAUAUUACGAUUGUAUGUGAUUUAUACAGAAAGUAUAAAUAUUGUA